UAUUGUGUGGAUGUGGUGAUGAGUGAGCUGGUGGUGUACCUCUUGCUAGUGGUGAUGUGUUGGUGUGAUACUGUUGGUGAUGUGAGGUGGUGUAUCUAUUGUUUGUGGUGAUGUGAUAAUACUGGUGGUGUAUUUCUUGCUAGUGGUGAUGAGGUGGUGUGGUAAUACUGGUGGUGUAUCGCUUGUUUGUGGUGAUGUGAUAAUACUGGUGGUGUACGGAUUAUAAUAGUGGCGGUGAGAGGUGAUCCCUGGUGGGAUAAUACAGUGGUGUAAUCUUAAAGGUGGUGCCAUGUGUAGUCACCCAGAGUGCCAAGAGGGAGUGCCCAAACAGGAAAUUUGUGGCACUACUACUUUAAGCCCUUAUUCUCGGACACUUUGUACCUUACACACCCACACAUCGGAUAAGGCUUUCAUAAAAGUUGUCCAAAGUGAGGAGGAGAGGCACCAUGACAUCCACAGAGCUGGCACCCAUCGCUAACAUCCGGGAGACUGAUGCAGAGGAGAUUGAGCCAGACCACCGCCCUCUCAAGCCGCAUGGGGAUGAGGGUGUGGACGAUGGGUUCGGCCCAGCCCCUGCGCCCCGCCCUGCACCCCCCCGCACGCCCCCCACCAAUGGAGUGCCCCGCCACACCCCGGUACCCCCCCAACCCCCCAUCCCCGGCAGUGGCAGGCCUGGAAGGCGGCCGCUGGACGUGAACCUGUAUGCCACCAAGAAAACCGUGGCACAGGGCAUGAUGGACCUGGCGCUGCUCACGGCCAACGCCAACCAGCUGCGCUACGUCCUGGAGUCAGCGAAGUUUGGCGAGCCAGGACCCAACUACUACAUCAGCCUGACCCUCAUCAGCCUCAGCAUCAUCAUGCAGCUGCUGAUCGGCGUGGCUCUGAUCGUCCUGGGGCGGUACAACGUGUCACGCGAUCACCACGCCCAGAAGGCUGACACUCUCAACAACUGGGUGGUGCUCGGGGUGUUCAUCAUCACUGUCAUCAAUGUCUUCAUCUCCUCCUUCUCCAUCGAGCCCUACCACGGCGUUGACCCCGUGCUGCUGCGGGCAUCCCUGGCGGAGGGGAGGGCACAGACUCUCCCGGCGGAAGUGACGGAGAGGGUGAUGGAUAAGGCACUCUGAGGGCCAUGUGAAGGUAGGAGGUGUGGGCCCUUUCUUCAGGACCUUAUCCGAGGGCCACCCACAGCAGAAAUAGUGCCUCCAAGUGUGCAUUUCCUGGCACUCCCUCUCAGCAAGUUCAAUCCCUUGGCUGCCAACUAUCAAUUCUUCCACUCUUACUUCAGGAACAUAUCCAAGGGGCACCCACAGGAGAAAUAGUCUCAUUCAUUCAUUCAUCUUUGACGCCUGCUCUUAGGAGCUCCCACCAGGGGAUGGCCACGGCAGAAGAGUUUCCAUCUCUCUGUAUCCAGACACUCCCUCCUUGCCUAUUCAAAGUUUCUCAAGGAUCUUUCACCCCUCUCCCUGACAUACUCCUGCACCCUAUCUCCAUUUCACUGGAGGUCGUCCACUAACAUUCCCUCCCUCUAUCUCACUCACAUACACCCUCCUGGUCAUCUUACUCUCCUCCAUUCGCUCCAUGUGGCCAAACCACUUCAAAGUCUGUCGCUUCACUUCUUCCCUUCACCCAUGUGACACAUUCCAAAAUGCUCAUACACAAUUUCAUUACUCAUUCCAUCCAUUCUAUUCAUACCUUGGAAGGUGUUGGGGCUUAGGUCACAUGUUACUGAUGGUUAUAGUAAAGGAGGGAGGGAGGUCAGGUCAGGUCACACUGUAGGGUCUGGGAAGGUGUUGGGACUUGGGGUCUUUAGGUGGUUAUAGUGAAGAGGGAGGGAGGUCAGGUCAGGUCAUACAGUGUAGGGACUGGCAAUGUGUUGGGGUCAGGACACAUGUUAUUUGAGAUACCCUGUGACAAAUAAUUUUCACUCAGUCAGUUUUUGGGCAGAUCUCAUUUAUUUAUUAUUAUUAUUAUAUUAUUAUUACAUAUAUUUAUUUUUUGCUCUCUUUUGCUGGAGUUUCCUCGAGCCAGUUUGUUCUCCGUUGGUCAGUUUCAUAGAUCUUUUUUUUAUCUUUGUGUUAUCAUUAUUAUUAUUGUCAUGUAUUCAUUUCUUUGUCUUUCUUUCUUUUCUUCCUUUUGUUAUAUUACAGGAGAUUACUGGAGCCUUUUUGUUCUCCAUCGGACAGUUUUUUGGCAGAUCUUAUUAUUAUUAUUUUUACUGUGUUAUUAUUAUGUACUUGAGAUUAACGUAACAGAGCCAUUUAAUUUGUUCCGUCAUUGUCGCGUGAGAUCUCGUUUAGUUUCUUCUUUUGUUUUAUCAUUAUUAUUCACUAUGUUGUUAUUAUGUAGUUGAGAUUAACCUAACAGACAUUUAAGCCAUUGCUCAGUUAGUGUUGUGGGAGGUCUCGCUCAACUGUUGUUUUUAUAUGAAUCAAGUUUCCUUUUUUCCUUUUAUUGUGUAACUUAAAUUCCUGAUGCCUCUCUGCCAUGCCUUAUCUCACUGCAACGAGUCUCACUUUAAUAUUGGUUACAGGCAGGUCUCGCUCAACUGUUGUUUUUACACGAGUCAAACUUCUGUUGUGUAACCAAAAUUCCUGAUGCCGUAUUUCACUGCAACGAGUCUCACUUUGAUAUUGGUUAGGCAGGUCUUGCUCAGCUGUUGUUUUUUAUAUUAAUCAAGUUUCCCUUGUUUCCUUUUAUUGUUUAACUUAUAUUCCUGAUGCCUGUCCGCCGUGCCUUAUCAUUGCAACAAAUCUCACUUUGAUAUUAUAAUUACAAUGUCCCCACUUUCCAUAUAUUGUUGUUUUUUAUAUUAUAUCAAGCUUUCUUUUUUAAUUUCCUAAGGCAGAAUCAUUAUAUACAUGCCAGUGGUGCUCUGCCAUAUCCUAACAAGGCUCAAUUUCAUAUCAAUUACUAUACACGUCACUAUUUUAUCUGCUUUUUAUUAGUUUUAUCUCGCAUGGCGUGAUUAUUUUUCUUUAUUUUCAUCAGCUGAGCCAUAAUGACUGGUCAGUUUGUCCUUGACCUAAUUUUCACAAGACUUAAUUUGAUAUUAAGUUUCGUAUGUGUGUGUGUGUGUGUGUGUGUGUGUUCACUCACAAACUUGCUCCUUACCAGUGAUAUUUUUAUUAACUUUGCCGGCUGUGUCUUGUUUUGCUUUGUACCAGGCUCAGUUUAACCAUAAGAAUUAAUACUUUUCUAUGAGCAUAUACAGCUCAUCAUACAGCCCACCGUAUGUCUUAUCUUUUUGGACCCAACUCAUAUAAUAUUACUAUGUUAAUCACUGCAUAUAUAUUUUACCUCACUAUUUACUGACCCAUUAAUAUGAUGUUAUGUUAUGUUAUCACUGCAUAUAUAUUUUAUCUCACUGCUUAAUGCCCCACUGAUAUAAUGUUACUAUGUUAUGUUAUCACUGCAUAUAUAUUUUAUUUCACUGUUUUCUGGCCCAAUAAUAUAAUGUUACUAUGUUAUGUUCUUCUUCUACUUCUAUUCUUCUUCUUCUGUUAUCACUGCAUAUAUAUUUUAUCACUGUUUACUUCCCCACAAAUAUAAUGUUAGUCCUCUCCUCCUUCAUCUUCCUUUUCUUCUUUUUCAUUUACAGUCAAUCGUCUCCCAUUCUUGAGGUUGUACAUGCGAUUAUCCUCCUCUGAUUUUAUUUCCAAGUCUUGUUGCACUGUUCCUCUCCAGACUCUCCUUGUUAUAUUAUCACUGCAUACAUAUAUAACCUCACUGCUUAAUGCCCCACUGAUAUAAUGUCACUCUGUUAUGUUAUCACUGCAUAUGUAUAUUAUCUUUCUGCUUAAUGCCCCACUGAUAUGAUGGUAGUAUGUUAUGUUAUCGCUGCACAUGUAUUUUAUCUCACUGGGGUGUUCACUUGUCCUGGCCCCUCCAUGAUAUCACCAACUCUGCAAUGACUGUUUCCCUCAUGUCUUGUCUCUUGGAAUGGCUGUUCAGGAUGAUGUGGGUAUAAUAUUCUUAUUCAAUAAUUCUCCUUCAUUCUGUGUAGGAAUCUCAAUGUUGAAUAACCCUUUUGACAUCUCAUGUAAGAGCUUUAUCUAAUGUACGUACCUCUUUGGGGCAUUUAAAUUUUGACCAGAGAAUGCUAUGGUUAUUAUCUUUAUUAUUAUUAUUUGGCUUAGUAACAGUUGGCAUUGCAAGUGGAUAGAUUCUCUCCACUAAUAAUUAUUGGUCUAUCCUUCUUUCUUCUUGUCAUAUUCCCUCAUUCCUCUCUGUCUUGGUGGAAUGCAUCACUGCCCUCCUACUUUCCACAUGUAUUUUUCCCUCAUUCCUCUCUCUUACUGGAAUGUAUAACUGCUUUCUAUGGUGCCUUAAUUCUCAAAUAAUCUUAAGAGACAAAUAUAUUUUUUAUCAUACACAAACAAUGACAAGGUCCUGUUUCAGUGGCUGGCCUAAACAGCACUCACAAAAUGGUGAAGGCUUCAGCCCCUUGUGUCCCGCGGGCUGCCAUAACACACUCUCUUGGUACAGUUCCUCCCGUGUAAAGGAGUGAACAGUGACCUCAAUUGUACUUUCCUCUUGAUAAUGUUGACUUGUUCAUUUUCAGCCCAUCUGCUGCGAUUGGCACGGAUUUGGCUUUCACUGGUAGCGUGGUAACAUAUACUCCCAGGUCUUUCUCUGCCUCUGUGGUGGAUAGUGGAGUGUUUCCCAUGUGGUAUUGGUGUGCUGGAUUUCCCCUCCCAAGGUGCAUGACUUUACAUUUUUCUUCAUUGAAUUGUUGCAGCCACUUUUUGUUCCAUUCCUCUAGCUUGGUGAGGUCUUCUUGUAGGAAAUUUGCAGUCAAGGGGUUAACGAUGUGACAAACUACAAUAAGCAAAGUGUUAUGAGGUCACUGGCUCCUUGAGGGUACUGCCAGGAACAGGUCAGGGACAAGGGGCUGAAGCUGUGAGCCUUGUUUGGAUGGUCUCUGGAAAAGACAGUGGUGCCAUGGGCUGCCAUAGCAAUAUAUAUAUAUUUAUUACUAUUUAAGGCGUAGCAGCAGUAGGAGUAGUUGCUGAGUAUUUUAUUACAUAUGCCUAGUAUUGGUGCUUUACUUAGCAUAUAUUUUUAGAAGCCAUGAGAUGGUAACGUGAGUUAGCUAUGAGAAGCUGACUCUGCUGAGCGUUGUGCCGGAGUGUUGUGUCCAGAUGUCUUUUUUUAUUGUUUGUUUGCUUGUUUUAGAAGAGCAGUAAAUCCUCUAUUUAACAAACUUACUUAGCAGAGAUCUGAUCCAUCAAAUCCUAAAGUUCAUGAGUGUAAAUUAUAUAGAUUUUUAUCUGUUUGGUUAUUAUUUUAUAAAACAAAUUUUUUGCAAGUUUACUGAGGGGUGUCCUCUUGCACUGACAGCAUCAACCUUGUGCACACUUGUUCCUGUCUGUUUGUAUCUGUGGAGGUGUGUGUGCCUACUCACAGGAACCUUUCCCAAGCGUUGGCACAGCAGAAGCUUCCAGUGCUCCUUGCCGUGGCACUAUUUCCCUCCACACACUGAGUCCCUUGCCUCCAAGCUGUUUCCCUCCAGCGCUUCAUUUUGCUGGUGGUCCCACACUCACACAUCCUCCCAGCCUUGCUCUCUCCUCACAGGCAUCCUCAGUUAUUCUUGGCGCAGGGUCUCAUUAGUUCUGUCAAAUGUAACAAACUUUUGGACACAAUGACUUGGUGUUGGUUUGCUACAUGGAAGAUUUACUGCAGAGGUCAGGCUUGGUGUGAGGCCAGGCCAAGGGCUGAUAGGACUGCUCGGGGCUUCCCUUUUGAUAACACAGCUUUUUUGUACUGUAGAAUUUAUACUGGAUGAAAAGUGAAUCACAAGCUUUUUAACUAGAUCACAAAAACCCUUGGAUUACAAGUGAAAAUGUGAUUGCAAUGUUUCCUUGAGUUAAAUAAAGAAAAAAAUGUCA